GCAUUGGCAUUGCUCUACUAAUAUUCAACCACCUAUUUUGUCCUUGUUGUGCCUGGCCUGGCCUGUUACUGUUAGAAGCAAGAUGGAUCGGGGGACGGAUGAUUCAAUCAAAUUCAAGCUUUUUCUUGAGGAAUUUACAGCAAAACACAAUGGACCUUUAACUUCUGAUGAUCCUCUGCCAUUCCGACUGGUGACAUAUCGUCUCACCCCAGACGAAGUGGAAGGAGAAUGCAUAGAAUGGGUCAUGGAAUAUCUGUUUGGCCACAACCACUGUCCACCCGUCUAUGCUGCAGCCAUCGCCAAGGCAACCGUGGAUUCGAUUCAAUCUUCAGACAUCUCCAGCUAUGAGGAUGAGAGAGAGGAUGAUGAAGGAAAAUAUACAUUGAUUGAAGCCAACGGGUUUGCGCGGUACGUCUUCAGCACCGUACACAGGAUAUGUGAGGAGUGGAACACCAGUAUGCCUCCUGUCAAUGUGGGUCCUGGCAUCCACACAGUGUCGCUUCACGCUGUCAGGAACACCAGGAGGAAAAUGGAGGACAAACAUGUGGUCUUACAAGACAUCAACACCAUGUUCAAAUCAAGAUUAAAGGAUCCUGAUGAUAAACCUCGUGCCUUCUAUGCUGUAUACGACGGCCAUGGUGGUGUAGACGCAUCGUACUAUGCUGCAGCUCAUCUGCAUCUACACACCGUCAGUCAGCCGGACUUCAUCGAGAGCCCUACCAAUGCCUUGAAGAAAGCAUUCAAUGAGACGGACGAUGCUUUCAUUCAGAAAGCUGGGAGAGAGGGUCUGCGGAGUGGAAGCACAGGAGUAGCAGUGGUGAUAGAGCCAGAUACCAUUCAUCUAGCAUGGCUAGGAGAUUCACAGGCUGUUCUUAUGAGAGAUUGCAAACCGGUUAUCAUCAUGGACCCACACAAACCAGACAGAGAGGAUGAGAAGAAGAGGAUAGAGGAUCUGGGAGGCUGUGUGGUCUGGUUUGGAGCAUGGAGAGUUAAUGGAAGUCUAGCUGUAUCAAGAUCAAUAGGUGACCCUGAUUACAAGCCCUAUGUUAGCAGCGAAGCAGAUACCGCCAUUCUACCUCUAGAUGGAACAGAGGAGUGCAUCAUCAUCGCCUGUGAUGGACUUUGGGAUGUGAUCACACCAGAGGGAGCAUGCACCGCCAUACAGGAAUUUAUUGAGUCAGGGGCGGACCUCUCGGGAAUGGCCCCCACUCUGGUUACCAUGGCAAAAGAGGCAGGUUCCAGCGACAACAUCACGGUCAUGGUCGUGUUCCUGAAUCCGUUCAGGUCGGCCAAGGAAGCGGGGAGCGAAAGCGAAAGAGAACAAGUGGUUGUGUCGGGUGAAGGAGAUCAGGAGAAGGACUCCGGAAACGUUGAAAGUGAAAUUGUUACCCCCAGUGAGGAAGACCCGGGUGGGAACACGCCAACGGUCAGUGGUGAAGAGGUGGACUUAUCACAGGGACUUCAAAACAUGGUCGUUCAGAAUGCUGUAGACGCCAACGCGAACAAUAACAACAUCAAUCGGAACAGUGGGAGGAAAGACGGUAAGGGUGGUCUCAACUCGUCUAAACAUGCUAAAGAUCUUGUGAUUAAAAAUGGCGUGAAUGUGAUCACAAGUUCCCCAAAACAGAAACCCAGGAGGAGCUCAGUCGGGCACCACUUCCCCGGUGGCUCUGUCUCUGAGAAGAAUGGACAGAGUCCAGAACUCAUCUCGGACUACUCCAAAGUGAACUCCAUGCCGCAGGUGAACAGGCGUAGCUCACUCAACAAGAAAGGGUCGAGUCCUAUACGUCGGACCUCCAGUACACCAUCCCCCCGUCAGAAGAAACCCUCUUACGAUGGAACCGUUGAGGAUGUGAUCAUAAUGGACCUUGGUCUUGAUUCCAAGAAGGAGAAGCGAGAUAGCUCAACAAAGAAGUCCUCUCCUGUCCAGCAUAAAUCCAUGCCUAUCACCCUCAAACCAAAGAGUAGAACACGAACAAGGUCCCUCCCUAGAGACCCUAAACUGGCUGCCAUUAUGAAGAACAAGCUUGCGGCUGCCAGCAGUCAGUCGUCGCUGACCAAACCUGAUAAUCCCCGCUGAUACCUGCUGAAAGAAUCUACAAACCUCUACCCGUAUGUUGUUGCCAGUUUUGCAGAACCUUCGUAUGCAUGUAGAGAUUCCAUUUUCAUGGAGUUUAUGAUCAGGGUGGCCUUCGUCAUAGACAUCCUGGAUUCAUCCAUAGGCCUUAACUCGUGGCUGUGUCAGUUGCACCCUUCAAUGCUGCUUGGCGAUACUACCAGGAUGAACUGCACUUCUGGGGGGUGUUUCACAAAACUUGUCAUCAGUGACAAAUGACAGUUGUUGUUAUAAGCUACGGAAAUCCUUGCUUUUGAUUGGUUAUCAGCGGAUUUGUCAUUGAAAAAAGGCUUUGUGAAAGGGAUCCCUGGACAAGCAGAAGCAGUGGACAGUUUCAAGGGCAACAUGUAUUUCCAGGUUUUGAUCUCAUGAGAUUAGAUAAUGUUCUCAUCGGGGAUUAGUGCAUUAUGUCUUAAAUCACUGCUCAGCUAUUAUAUGGCAUACAAUUAGAGACUCAUUAAACUAGAGAUCUGUCUAGGAAAGUUCUUGACAGAGAAGUAUGAGAUAAAGACAUAUUGUCUAUGUCCAUGUAAAUGAAAUGGUCUACUAUUUUGCAUGACUGAUAAACAUGCUCUCAUUAAUUGUGUAGAUUCAAUAAAUUUUUGAUAAUUUAGAAGUAUAAGCAACUCACAGGCAAUGGUUUGCAUGAUAAAUUAAAGAGAAUAUGUUUUACAUUUUCUUCUCGAUAUGAGUUUAAAGAAUCAAAUAUUAGAUUUAGACAUUGUGUAUUCUAUAUUGUAAAGCAACUCCUAAUGCAAUACAUCGAUGCUGAGCUGAGCUGAACUUUUAGAGAACAAACUCAAGACAACCAAAGCAAUUUCUUUAUUUCUAUGUUUAAGAAGUGGAAGUAAGUGAUCCCCCCUCUCUCUUUCUCUCUCUCUCUCUCUCUUUCUCUUUCUCUCUCUCUCUCUCUCUCUCUCUUCUCUCUCCCGCUCUCUAGAUUACUCUUUCCAUCGCUCUUUCUCUCCUUUAAAGUCUUCAGUGGCGAAUACAAUUUUGAUUAUUCGCUAUCUUUUCUUUUUCCAUCUUUCUUCCCCUCUAUUUCUCUCUGCUCUCUCUCUCUCUCUCUUUCUCUCUCCUUCCUUCUCUGUCUCUCUCUUU